AUGUCAAGGGACAGAGGUAGUGCAGCUGUGGCUCUCCUGCCGUGCGAAGAAAUCGCUCUCCGCGGACACAUCAAGUCCGUCUCAAUCGGCAAAAAAACCCUCACCGACGACCACAUAGUAAGCUCACUCCGCUUGUUAUUCCCGGACACCUACUCCUGCCUCGAUCGCAACCUCCUAGCCGAACGCGUCGCCAAAAUCACCCACAUCCAGCCCGCUCCGUCCUCAACGAAACGGCCAAAAAUCAAUGAGGUAACCGGCAGUUCAUCGGAAAAUGGCGAUUGCAGUGGUGGUCCGAAAUUGAUUGGGGAUUUAGGGCGGCGUGAUGAAUUAGGCGAUGGCAGGAGUGAGAGUGAGAAACGUAUUCGGCCAAUUUUUAGGGAUUUCUCGGGAAUUAGAAGUCUGCUGCGCCACCUCGGAGUCGAGCCUACUUCCCGAAUUCUGCUGCACGGGCCGCCCAAGUGUGGGAAGACGACGUUGGCCCGAGCCGUUGCCAAUGAGGCCAGACUGCCAUUGUUCGAACUCUCUGUUGCUCAAUUGUUGCGUGGAGAUUUAGCUGCAGUAGAAGAAAAGAUCGGAGGAUUGUUCUUCGCAGCAUGCACGAGAGCACCAUCUGUUGUGUUCAUUGAUGAAAUCGAUGUGAUGACUUCAGCAAAGAUAAGUUCACUGAAGGAAGUAGAGUAUCGUAUAGUGUAUCAGUUGAUGGCUUUCAUGGACGGGCGAUACAGACCUACCGGACCAGUAAAUCAUGGUGUUAGUUCUGAAAGUACACUUGGCUAUGUACUGGUGAUUGGAGCAACCAAUAGGCCUGGUGCUCUUGAUACUUCCUUAAGGCGUCUGUUUGAUCGCGAAUUUGCUUUAGGUGUCCCAGAUGAAUAUCAACGAUGUGACAUUCUGUCAGAUCUAACGUGAAUCUUAAGGUUGAAGUUGGUUUUGAUCCCAGGAAAUUAGCUAGGUCCACUAUGGGUUAUGUAGCAGGAGAUUUGGUUGCUCUAGCAAAAAAGGCUGGUAUGCUUGCU